GGAGGAAGAGGGAAGGAAGGCACGGAGGAGCGCGCACGCCCAGCCCAGCUGCGGACUUCACCGAGACCCGCUCGGUGAAGCGGCCAGCACUCCACACCGACAGGACCCUGGCCGCACCUACUGGGAUCUCUUUGAACUAGGAUAGCCCGCGCUGUUUUCCCAAAGAUGGAAAUCCCACCUACCCACUAUGCUGCGUCCAGAGCGGCCUCGGUGGCAGAGAACUGCAUUAACUACCAGCAGGGGACUCCCCACAAGGUGUUCCUGGUGCAGAGGGUCCAGCAGGCCAGCAAGGAGGAUAUCCCAGGAAGAGGGCACAAGUACCAUCUUAAGUUUUCUGUGGAAGAGAUUAUCCAAAAACAAGUCACAGUGAACUGCAAAGCUGAAGUUCUCUACCCUCACAUGGGGCAAGGCACUGCCCCAGAAGUCAACUUCACAUUUGAAGGAGAGAUCGGAAGGAGUCCAGAUGAGGAGGAUAACACAUUUUAUCAAAGACUCAUGUCUAUGAAGGAACCACUGCAGGCACAAAACAUUCCAGACAAUUUUGGGAAUGUGUCUCCACAAAUGAAGCCGGUCCACCACUUAGCCCGGGUUGCCUGCGGUUAUGUAAUGUGGCAGAAUUCAACUGAAGACACAUGGUAUAAAAUGGCAAAAAUUCAAACUGUCAAGCAAGUGCAAAGAAAUGAUGACUUCAUUGAAUUAGAUUACACCAUUCUACUCCACGACAUUGCAUCACAGGAGAUUAUUCCCUGGCAAAUGCAAGUUCUGUGGCAUCCACAAUAUGGCACAAAAGUAAAGCACAAUAGCCGCCUCCCAAAGGAAGUGCAAGCGGAGUGAAGAGACCCUGACUCAGAGACCACCAUCAACAUGCUCCUUAACCAUGUGUGUGGCCGUCCUCACUGGUAUCUAGCCCAAUAGGUCAAAUGCGUCCCAGUGUCACUCUGUAUGUCUUGGCUACAGCACCAAGCUGCAUAGAUUCCAUAAUAAAGAAUAGUACUACAUAAAAAUGUCUUUCCCACAGUAACGGUACUAUGUCUAUCCCCUAAUAAAAAUCCACUUCAGCCUCA